AUGGCUAGUGAAGAUAACCAUGUCCCUUCCCCGCCACCAACAGGUGAUGAUGGGGGAGGUGAAGGAAAAGGAGAAGAAACCCCUAAUGAAGGGGGUGCUUUGUCUCUGAAGCCUGGGAUCCCCAUCAGAGGCAUCAGAAUGAAAUUUGCUGUGCUGACGGGUUUGGUAGAAGUUGGAGAAGUAUCCAACAGGGAUAUUGUAGAAACUGUCUUUAAUCUGCUGGUAGGAGGACAGUUUGAUUUGGAAAUGAAUUUCAUUAUCCAAGAAGGUGAGAGUAUCAUCUGCAUGGUGGACCUACUGGAAAAAUGUGACAUUACUUGCCAAGCAGAAAUCUGGAGCAUGUUUACCGCCAUUCUGAAAAAAAGCAUACGGAAUCUUCAAAUCUGUACUGAAGUAGGCCUUGUUGAAAAAGUGCUUGAUAAAAUUGAAAACGUUGACAGUAUGAUAGCAGAUCUUUUAGUUGACAUGUUGGGAGUGCUGGCUAGUUACAAUUUGACAGUUCGAGAAUUAAAGUUAUUCUUCAGUAAACUUCAAGGAGAUAAAGGACAGUGGCCUCCACAUGCUGGGAAGUUGCUGUCUGUGUUAAAGCACAUGCCUCAGAAGUACGGUCCUGAUGCCUUUUUCAACUUUCCAGGAAAGAGUGCUGCAGCGAUUGCAUUACCUCCUAUUGCCAAAUGGCCAUACCAGAAUGGUUUUACAUUUCAUACUUGGCUUAGAAUGGAUCCUGUAAAUAAUAUCAAUGUGGAUAAGGAUAAACCAUAUUUAUAUUGUUUCAGAACCAGCAAAGGUCUUGGCUAUUCUGCUCACUUUGUUGGAGGCUGUUUGAUUAUAACAUCAAUAAAGUCAAAAGGAAAAGGCUUUCAGCACUGUGUGAAAUUUGAUUUCAAGCCCCAAAAGUGGUAUAUGGUAACUAUAGUGCACAUUUAUAACCGGUGGAAGAACAGUGAACUUCGAUGUUAUGUGAAUGGCGAGCUAGCUUCCUAUGGAGAGAUAACAUGGUUUGUUAACACCAGUGAUACAUUUGACAAAUGCUUCCUGGGCUCCUCAGAAACAGCAGAUGCUAAUAGAGUGUUCUGUGGUCAGAUGACUGCAGUUUACCUUUUUAGUGAAGCUCUUAAUGCAGCUCAAAUAUUUGCUAUUUAUCAGUUGGGCCUGGGAUACAAGGGUACCUUUAAAUUCAAAGCAGAAAGUGAUCUCUUCCUUGCUGAGCACCACAAACUUUUACUGUACGAUGGCAAACUCUCUAGUGCCAUUGCGUUCACAUACAAUCCAAGGGCUACAGAUGCCCAGCUCUGCCUUGAAUCGUCCCCUAAAGAUAACCCUUCAAUUUUCGUCCAUUCACCUCAUUCCCUCAUGCUCCAGGAUGUGAAGGCAGUUUUAACACAUUCCAUCCAAAGUGCUAUGCAUUCAAUUGGAGGAGUACAAGUGCUUUUUCCACUUUUUGCACAAUUGGAUUUUAGGCAAUAUUUGUCUGAUGAGGUUGACUUAACUAUAUGUUCAACCCUGAUGGCUUUUAUCAUGGAGUUGUUGAAGAACUCAAUUGCUAUGCAGGAGCAAAUGCUUGCUUGUAAGGGCUUCUUGGUAAUAGGAUAUAGUCUUGAAAAGUCGUCCAAAUCUCAUGUCAGCAGAGGAGUUCUUGAACUUUGCCUUGCAUUUUCAAAGUAUCUUAGUAAUCUGCAGAAUGGAAUGCCCCUACUCAAGCAGUUGUGUGAUCAUAUUCUUCUCAACCCAGCAAUAUGGAUUCAUACGCCAGCCAAGGUUCAGUUAACACUGUACGCUUAUCUUUCCACGGAAUUCAUUGGUACAGUCAAUAUAUACAAUGCCAUUCGGAGAGUUGGAACAGUGCUUCUCAUCACUCACACAUUGAAGUACUACUAUUGGGCAGUGAAUCCUCUGGAUCGAAGCGGUAUCACCCCAAAAGGAUUAGAUGGACCACGACCUAAUGAGAAAGAAAUACUUUCUUUACGCGAGUUCUUAUUGAUGUUCAUUAAGCAAUUAGUGACAAAGGAUUCUGGAGUAAAGGAAGAUGAACUACAAGCCAUUCUUAAUUAUUUACUCACUAUGCAUGAGGAUGACAAUCUAAUGGAUGUCCUACAACUGCUUGUCGCAUUGAUGUCUGAACAUCCAAAUUCUAUGAUUCCUGCUUUUGACCAAAGGAAUGGGUUGCGGGUUAUCUAUAAGCUUCUGGCGUCUAAAAGCGAAGGAAUAAGAGUACAAGCUCUUAAGGCAUUGGGUUAUUUUUUAAAACACCUGUUACCAAAGAGAAAAGCUGAAGUUAUGCUUGGUCAUGGAUUGUUUUCAUUGCUAGCUGAAAGACUCAUGCUUCAGACAAAUUUAAUCACAAUGACUACAUAUAAUGUCUUGUUUGAGAUUCUUAUAGAACAGAUUUGUACUCAGGUGAUACAUAAACAACACCCAGAUCCAGAUUCUUCAGUAAAGAUACAGAAUCCUCAGAUACUAAAAGUAAUUGCGACCCUGCUUCGAAAUUCUCCCCAGUGUCCAGAGAGUAUGGAGGUUCGCAGAGCCUUUCUUUCUGACAUGAUUAAACUUUUUAAUAACAGUAGAGAAAACAGGAGGAGCUUGCUGCAGUGCUCUGUAUGGCAAGAGUGGAUGCUUUCCCUCUGCUAUUUUAAUCCCAGGAACUCAGAUGAACAGAAGAUAACAGAAAUGGUAUAUGCCAUUUUCAGAAUCCUACUGUACCAUGCAGUCAAAUAUGAGUGGGGUGGCUGGCGUGUGUGGGUUGACACUUUGUCAAUCACACAUUCCAAGGUCACUUUUGAAAUACACAAAGAAAACCUUGCCAAUACAUUUAGGGAACACCAGGGAAAAGUUGAAGAAAUAGGGCCAUGUUCUUCAAGUCCAGUCCAAGCAGUCUCUGGUAUUAACAGAGAUCUUAAUGCUUCAAAAGGACCCAGUACAUCAGGUACUAUGGAUUGUCCUGCUUCAUCUAAUAUCAGAAAUGAUGAUGAAAAAUCAAGUAUUGAGAAGACAUAUUCAGUAGACUCUGAAUCCAACACUGAACCACAAACUCUUAAUAUAUCUAAUGAAGAAAGGAAAACUGGGCAAAAUGAGAAGUUACUGGAUGAAGUUGCUUUAGAAGAAACACUGACAAAUGAGACGGUGAAUGCAGAUGAUUUAGAAGUAUCUUCUGAGCUUAUAGAAGCAGUAACUAUUUCCUCUAAUUCUUUUAAAACAACUGGCAAAGAUACAAUGACCAUCAGUGAAGUAACUGUCUCUUUAAGUUCUCCUUCAGAAGAGGAUGCUUCAGACAUGCCUGAACUACUGGAUAAGUCUAUAGUAGAGGAAGAAGAAGAUGAUGAUUAUGUGGAAUUGAAGGUAGAAAGUAGUCCUCCUGAGGAAACCAGUGUACAUACUGAGCUCCAAGAUAAUAGUUUGUCUGUAGCUGCGUUGGAAGCCAGUGAAAACCUGGACCUGCCCAGUAGUGACUGCAAUUCAGUUCCAGAAAAAGAACCUGUUACUAACAAGUCAGCUGAUACUGACACUCAAGAUUCUAAAGAUUCAGGAAUCUUGACUAUGGCUGCAUCAGGAUCAUCAGCUACCUCACCAGAAACUACUGCUUCCCAAACAACUGUAAGAUCAGACAUUAGUCAGACGCUGGAGGAGGAGAAGGAAACAACUAAUCUUACUGGAGAAACCAAAUUAAUUAAUAACUGUCAUGGAAAUAGUUUAGAAUCUUCUGCUACUUCUGAACAGAAGAUUGCCAAAUUGGAUGUUUCUAGCAUUGCUACAGAUACCGAGAAACUGGAAUUGAAGGCCAAUACAAACGUGGAAGCAUCUCAGCCUCACCGGCCUGUACAUGAGAUGUCAAGACAACAGGAGCAGCCAGUGCAAGGUGUAACCCCAGAUGCAGCUAAUGGACAAAGUAGGGAUUCCAGAUCAACUAUGUUUCGUAUUCCUGAGUUCAAGUGGUCUCAAAUGCAUCAGCGUUUGCUCACUGAUCUAUUAUUUUCAAUAGAAACAGAUAUACAGAUGUGGAGAAGCCAUUCAACAAAGACAGUUAUGGACUUCGUAAAUAGCAGUGAUAAUGUCAUCUUUGUACACAACACAAUUCAUCUAAUCUCUCAAGUGAUGGACAAUAUGGUCAUGGCAUGUGGGGGUAUACUACCAUUGCUUUCUGCUGCUACCUCGGCUACACACGAACUGGAGAAUAUUGAGCCUACUCAAGGCCUUUCAAUAGAAGCCUCAGUGACAUUUUUGCAGAGGCUAAUCAGUCUUGUGGAUGUGCUCAUAUUUGCAAGUUCUCUUGGCUUUACAGAAAUUGAAGCUGAAAAAAAUAUGUCAUCUGGAGGAAUUUUGCGGCAAUGUCUCAGACUAGUGUGUGCAGUAGCAGUACGGAAUUGCUUAGAGUGUCAACAACAUUCACAACUGAAAACUAGGGGAGAUACAGCAAAAGGUUACAAGACAAUCCAUAGUCUAAUUCCCAUGGGAAAAUCUGCAGCAAAGAGUCCAGUGGACAUUGUAACUGGUGGUAUUUCUCCAGUAAGAGAUCUUGACAGACUCCUACAAGACAUGGAUAUUAAUCGGCUUAGAGCUGUUGUCUUCAGAGACAUAGAGGAUAGCAAACAAGCUCAAUUCUUGGCAUUGGCAGUUGUGUACUUUAUCUCUGUUCUUAUGGUUUCGAAGUAUAGAGACAUCCUUGAACCCCAGAAUGAAAGGCGUAGCCAGUCACUGAAGGAAACUGGCAGUGAAAAUGGGAGUGUAUCAAUCCCUGAUGUACAAAAUACGCCAGCAACAUUCAGCCCUGUAACUCUGACAUCAGUGGAAGACUCAGAAAAUAUAACAUCUGCACGCAGGAGAGACUCAGGCAUUGGGGAAGAAACAACUACUGGAGUAGGAAGCAAUGUGGAUGUAGCUCCUCAUGUAGCACUUCCAACUGUCAGUGCAGGUCCUGAUGCAGUUAGUGAGGUGCUAUCCACACUUUCUUUAGAAGUCAAUAAAUCUCAGGAAACCAAAAAUGAUGGAACAAAUGAGUUGGAUAACAAGAUUGUACCUUCAGUUCCAGUUUCAAAAAAUGUCAACGUGAAGGACAUUCUCCGAAGCUUGGUCAACAUCCCAGCAGAUGGAGUAACAGUAGAUGCUGCACUUCUGCCACCAGCCUGUCUUGGAGCUCUUGGUGAUCUGACUGUUGAACAACCUGUGCAGUUCAGAUCUUUUGACAGGAGUGUCAUCAUUGCAACCAAAAAGUCGUCAGUCUUACCUUCCACACCAAGUACAAGUAUACCUACCAAUAAUGCUGUCAGUGUGGUUUCUUCUGUUGAUUCAGCCCAAGCCUUAGAUGUUGGAGCAGAGUCGCCUGGUAGUAGAUCAUCUCAAGCAAAACUACCCACGGUUCCAACAGUUGGUUCAGUUCCCCAAGACACAGUUUCAAAUAUGAGUAUUACAGAAAGGCUUGAACAUGCUUUGGAAAAGGCAGCACCUCUUCUGCGAGAGAUUUUUGUGGAUUUUGCACCUUUUCUUUCUCGUACGCUGUUGGGUAGUCAUGGGCAAGAGCUGCUUAUAGAAGGAACAAGUCUGGUUUGCAUGAAGUCUAGUAGUUCAGUUGUGGAAUUGGUUAUGCUACUAUGUUCUCAGGAGUGGCAGAAUUCGAUUCAGAAGAAUGCAGGCCUUGCCUUUAUUGAACUUGUCAAUGAAGGAAGAUUACUUAGCCAGACAAUGAAGGAUCAUCUUGUAAGAGUAGCAAAUGAAGCUGAAUUUAUCCUAAGCAGACAGAGAGCAGAGGAUAUUCACAGACAUGCGGAAUUUGAGUCACUGUGUGCCCAGUAUUCUGCAGACAAACGAGAAGAUGAGAAGAUGUGUGAUCAAUUGAUAAGAGCAGCUAAAUAUCGAGACCAUGUGACAGCAACUCAACUAAUCCAGAAAAUUAUCAACAUCCUCACAGACAAGCAUGGAGCCUGGGGAAAUUCUACAUUAAGUCGUCCUCGUGAGUUCUGGCGCCUUGACUACUGGGAAGAUGACUUGCGGCGCCGGCGACGAUUUGUGCGUAACCCUCUAGGAUCGACACAUCCUGAAGCGACACUAAAAACAGCCGUGGAACAUGUGGUUAUUUAUAAAAUGCGUAGUUACAGUCGCUCUGCAGAUGAAGAUAUCCUUGCUAAAGGAAAACAGUCCAUCAAGAGUCAGGCUUUAGGAAAUCAGAACUCAGAAAACGAGAUUCUCCUGGAAGGCGACGACGAUACUCUGUCAUCCGUGGAUGAGAAAGAUUUAGAGAAUCUUACGGGUCCCAUUAGCUUGAGCACACCAGCUCAGCUCGUGGCCCCCUCUGUUGUAGUAAAAGGCACUCUUUCUGUUACCUCUUCUGAACUCUAUUUUGAGGUAGAUGAAGAGGAUCCCAACUUCAAGAAAGUAGAUCCUAAGAUCCUGGCAUACACAGAAGGGCUGCAUGGAAAAUGGCUGUUCACAGAGAUACGGUCAAUCUUUUCUCGUCGUUAUCUUUUGCAAAACACAGCCCUGGAGAUUUUUAUGGCAAACAGAGUUGCUGUAAUGUUCAACUUCCCAGAUCCUGCAACAGUAAAGAAAGUGGUUAACUAUUUACCUCGUGUUGGUAUUGGAACCAGUUUUGGUUUGCCUCAAACCAGGCGUAUCUCUUUAGCUAGUCCACGUCAACUUUUUAAAGCUUCUAAUAUGACCCAACGAUGGCAACACAGGGAGAUUUCAAAUUUUGAGUACUUGAUGUUUCUCAACACGAUAGCAGGACGCAGCUACAAUGACUUAAAUCAGUAUCCAGUGUUUCCCUGGGUGAUUACUAAUUAUGAAUCAGAAGAACUAGAUUUAACCUUGCCAAGCAACUUCAGAGAUUUGUCCAAGCCAAUUGGAGCCUUGAAUCCAAAAAGGGCAGCAUUCUUUGCAGAGCGUUAUGAAUCAUGGGAAGAUGAUCAAGUUCCAAAGUUCCACUAUGGUACUCAUUACUCAACUGCAAGUUUUGUUCUUGCAUGGUUGCUAAGAAUAGAACCCUUUACAACUUAUUUCCUAAAUUUACAAGGAGGGAAAUUCGAUCAUGCAGAUAGAACUUUUUCAUCCAUUUCCAGAGCUUGGAGAAACAGUCAACGUGACACAUCAGAUAUCAAGGAAUUGAUCCCUGAAUUUUAUUAUCUCCCUGAGAUGUUUGUCAACUUUAAUAAUUAUAAUCUUGGAGUGAUGGAUGAUGGAACAGUAGUGUCUGAUGUGGAACUUCCUCCUUGGGCCAAAACCUCAGAAGAAUUUGUUCGUGUAAACAGACUGGCCCUGGAGAGUGAAUUUGUGUCCUGCCAACUUCACCAGUGGAUUGAUCUCAUUUUUGGCUAUAAACAGCAAGGACCAGAAGCAGUCCGGUCCCUCAAUGUGUUCUAUUAUUUGACCUAUGAAGGAGCUGUCAAUUUGAAUUCAAUAACUGAUCCUAUAUUGAGAGAGGCUGUGGAAGCUCAAAUCCGAAGUUUUGGACAGACGCCUUCUCAACUACUCAUAGAGCCUCAUCCUCCCAGAGGGUCUGCCAUGCAAGUUAGUCCAUUGAUGUUCACAGACCAAGCUCAGCAGGAUGUUAUCAUGGUCCUAAAGUUUCCCUCCAACUCCCCUGUCACUCACGUGGCAGCCAACACCCAGCCUGGCCUGGCCACUCCUGCUGUGAUCACAGUCACUGCUAAUAGACUGUUUGCUGUAAACAAGUGGCACAACCUUCCUGCUCAUCAAGGUGCUGUACAAGACCAGCCAUACCAGCUGCCAGUGGAAAUCGAUCCUCUCAUAGCCAGCAACACAGGAAUGCACAGGAGGCAAAUCACUGACCUUUUGGACCAGAGCAUUCAAGUCCAUUCCCAGUGCUUUGUCAUCACUUCCGACAACCGCUACGUUCUCAUCUGUGGCUUCUGGGAUAAGAGCUUCCGAGUCUAUUCUACAGACACAGGAAAACUGAUCCAAGUGGUAUUUGGCCAUUGGGAUGUUGUCACUUGCCUCACCCGUUCUGAGUCAUACAUUGGGGGAAAUUGCUACAUUCUCUCAGGAUCACGUGAUGCAACCCUUCUACUGUGGUACUGGAAUGGAAAGAGCAAUGGGAUUGGAGAUAACCCCGGCAGUGAGAGCACUACUCCUCGGGCCAUUCUCACCGGUCACGACUAUGAGAUCACCUGUGCUGCAGUGUGCGCUGAGCUAGGCCUGGUGCUAAGUGGUUCUAAAGAAGGACCAUGUCUCAUACAUUCCAUGAAUGGAGACCUGUUGAGGACCUUAGAGGGCCCUGAAAGUUGCCUGAAACCAAAACUCAUUCAGGCUUCUAGAGAGGGUCAUUGUGUCAUAUUCUAUGAAAAUGGCCUCUUCUGUACAUUCAGCGUGAAUGGGAAGCUCCAGGCCACUGUGGAAACAGAUGACCACAUAAAGGCAAUGCAGCUGAGCCGGGACGGGCAGUACCUGCUCACGGGAGGAGACAAUGGUGUGGUCAUGGUGUGGCAGGUGUCUGACCUCAAGCAACUCUUCGCCUAUCCAGGCUGCGAUGCUGGGAUCCGAGCCAUGGCCCUAUCUUUUGACCAGAGGUGCAUCAUUGCCGGCAUGGCCUCAGGAAGCAUUGUCCUCUUCUACAACGACUUUAACCGGUGGCAUCACGAAUACCAAACCCGCUACUGA